GCCAGCAGGCUAGCUUUAAAUUAAAGAUGGUGAAUUUGAAGAAAGGAGCAUGGUCGCCUCAGGAAGACAGAAGAUUGAUCUCCUACAUCACCAAAUAUGGCAUCUGGAACUGGUCCCAAAUCCCCAAAUUUGCAGGGCUUGCAAGGACCGGAAAAAGCUGCCGGCUCCGGUGGAAAAACUACCUCCGGCCAGACGUUAAGAGAGGGCCGUUUAGCGUCGAAGAAGUUGAGGUUAUUGUCAGAAUGUAUCUCUCCCUUGGUAACAGAUGGUCGGCCAUGGCAGCACAGCUUCCGGGAAGAACCGACAAUGACAUCAAGAAUUUCUACCACACUCACUUAAAGAAGAACCUGCAGGAAGCCGUCAGCGUUCCGGUCUCCUCACGACGGUCGGCGGCGGAGAACUGCCGGAAAAGGACCAACAAGAGCAAGAACGACGACAAUGCUCCGCCGCCUGUUAAUGUCGUCGUCGUCGCAGAAAAACCUCAUCAUCAUAGUCACGACGACCAUGUUCUUCUGGACAGCAGUCCAGGUGGAUUUGGAAACCCUAAUGUUGCUCGUGAUCAAGAAUUUCAUCACCCUUUCACUUCAGUAUCAGCUGCAAUGGAUAGGAUGAGUCUUUCCUCCGAGGAGGACUACGAUGAAGACAAGUCUUUCUGGUACAACGUACUAAAGAAAGCCGACGAUCUCAAGUUUUAG